GCUUCCCUCCCUUGGGACGGUUCCAUCCUACGUCAUGAGGAGUUGGAGUUGCUCGCUCACUUUUCUAUUAGGAGAAUUUUGGGACACAUGAGCAGGAUCAGCGGCGGUCGACGAACACCUUUCGAUUGAACGGGAUGAAACGCGUUAUUGUUUUGCAAACGAACCAUCAAAAACAGUUUAAUUCACUUCACACUUGAGACCUUGGGAAAACGCGCUUUGUUCGCACGCACAAACUCAGUUAUCACUUGUGGAGAGGUUUGAUUCCAGAAUCCAGCUGCACCAGAGGAAUGUUCCCAGUAAGGAUGUAUAUACUAAGGAUUACAACUCAAACUCGUCUGCUGGUGAUAUCCAUCUUCCUCGCAAUUUUUACAUAUGCAGCGGCUGACAUGAACCUGUCGGAGUCUGGAGAGAUUGAGGCUCUAGCUGAGGCCCAAAGCGGAGGACUGCCAACAGCUGAAGGUUAUUUCCUGGAGUUUGUGGAGCCGCCGAACAAUAUAACUAUAGUGCAGGGCCAGACAGCCACUUUACACUGCAAAGUAGCGGGCCACCCGCGGCCCAGCAUCCGCUGGCUGAAGAACGAUGCCCCAGUGGUGCAGGAACAGGGCCGAGUCUCCAUCCGCAAGACCGAGGCUGGAUCCAAGCUUCGCAUUCAAGACCUGGACACCACCGAUACCGGAUACUACCAGUGUGUGGCUUCAAAUUCCAUCAAGGUUAUUUCGGCAACUGGAGUGCUCUAUGUGCGACUAGGACAGUCCCCUGGCCAUGACAUAGAAGAUUCAACGCACGAGAAGGGCUUCUGCCAGCCGUACCGAGGCAUUGCAUGUGCUCGCUUCAUAGGAAACAGGAGUAUCUACGUGGAGUCUCUGCAGAUGCAGGGAGAAAGUGAAAACCGCAUCACUGCGGCCUUCACGAUGAUUGGCACCUCUACCCAGCUAUCAGACCAGUGCUCUGAAUUUGCCAUCCCAUCUUUCUGCUAUUACGUCUUCCCAUUAUGCGAGGAGGGCACCAGAGGUCCACGACGGCGCCAGCUCUGCCGUGAUGAGUGUGAGGCUUUGGAGAAUGACUUGUGCAAUGCAGAGUACACCAUCGCACGCUCCAACCCUCUCAUCCUCAUGCAGCUCGAACUGCCUGUGUGCAACCUGCUUCCCCACCCCGGCUCACCUGAAGCUGCCAGCUGCAUUCGUAUCGGCCUGCCUCCGCAAUAUUCACCCCCAAAUCACAGCUGUUACAAUGGAAGUGGCGCCAACUACAAAGGCACGGUCAGUGUCACAAAAUCAGGCUACCAGUGCCAGCCCUGGAGUGCACAGUAUCCACACAGUCAUCAUCUAACCCCUGUCGAGUACCCUGAACUCAGAGGAGGGCACAACUUCUGCAGGAACCCUGGAGGGCAAAUGGAGAGCCCUUGGUGUUUCACUGUGGAACCUACUGUUAGAGUGGAUGUCUGUGACAUUCAACCCUGCAAGCCUCCUGAGAAAAUGAAAAAGGAGAUACUGUACAUCUUGAUCCCAAGUAUAGCCACCCCUCUUGUUAUUGCCUGCUUAUUCUUCUUGAUCUGCAUGUGCCGCAACAAACAAAAGGAGUCUGUUGACACUCCUACUCGCCGACAACUCACUUCCUCACCGAGUCAAGAAAUGGAGCUGCCCCUACUUAAUCAGCACAAGCAUCAGGCAAAGCUCAGAGAACUCAACCUCUCUGCGGUUCGAUUCAUGGAAGAGCUUGGAGAAGACCGUUUUGGAAAAGUCUACAAAGGUCACCUCUAUGGUACAGCUCCAGGUGAACAGACACAGGUGGUGGCUAUAAAGACGGUCAAGGACAAGGACGAGGGACCCCUACGGGAAGAGUUCCGCCACGAGGCGAUGCUCCGGUCCCGCCUGCAGCACCCCAAUAUUGUCUGCCUGUUGGGUGUGAUAACUAAAGAACAGCCCAUGAGCAUGAUCUUCAGCUAUUCGGGCCACGGUGACCUCCACGAGUUCCUGGUCAUGCGAUCCCCUCACUCCGAUGUUGGCAGCUCUGAUGACGACAAGACAGUCAAAUCCACCCUGGAGCAGGCAGACUUCCUACAUAUCGUCACACAAAUAGCUGCCGGAAUGGAGUAUCUUUCCAGCCACCACGUGGUACACAAGGAUCUGGCUGCUCGUAACAUCCUGGUUUGCGAUAAGCUCAAUGUUAAGAUCCUGGACCUUGGGCUGUUCAGAGAGGUCUACUCUGCCGACUACUACAAGCUAAUGGGCACAAACCCCUUCCCAGUCCGCUGGAUGUCCCCGGAAGCCAUACUGUACGGCAAGUUCUCCACCGAUUCAGACAUCUGGUCCUACGGCGUGGUGCUAUGGGAGAUAUUCAGCUAUGGCCUUCAGCCUUACUGCGGCUAUUCGAAUCAGGACGUGAUUGAGAUGGUACGCAAUAGACAAGUACUUUCCUGCCCAGAUGACUGUCCAGCCUGGAUUUACACACUGAUGUUAGAGUGUUGGAAUGAGUUCCCCGCACGAAGGCCACGUUUCAAAGACAUUCAUGCACGGUUGCGCACCUGGGAGAGCUUGUCCAACUACAACAGCUCGGCUCAGACCUCAGGGGCGAGCAACACCACUCAAACCAGCUCCCUCAGCACAAGUCCUGUCAGUAACAUCAGCAACGCCCGCUAUGUUAGUCCCAAAAAGUCUUCCCCCUUUCCUCAGCCUCAGUUUGUGUCCAUGAAGGGCCAGAUGCGCCCAAUGGUGCCACCCCAACUUUACAUCCCAGUCAAUGGCUACCAGCCAAUGCCGGCCUAUCCGUACCUGCAGAACUUCUACCCCAUGCAGAUCCCCAUGCAGAUGCCUCCACAGCAGCUGCACCCGCAGAUGGUCGCCAAGGCUGGAUCGCACCACAGCGGCAGCGGCUCUACCAGCACCGGCUAUGUGACCACAGCACCCUCCAAUGGAUCUGGCACGGAGAAGGCCACCCUCAUGAAUGAAGACCUGAAGGCAACAGAGGAGGAUUUCGCCGAUGGGGCCUCUCAAAAUGGUCUGCACAAUGAAGACCUAUCUGUUCCAGAGACAGAGCUCCUGGGAGACAAUGACAGCCCGCAGACAGAGGACAAUGGCAUCAAUUCAGAAGCAUAGACAAUCUUUUUUAUUAGAUGAGAAGAGUAAUUCUCUGCAAUGUAAUUUUUGUACUUUUUUUUUAAUCAGUUGUACAGGUUUAAAACGUGAAGGGAAACCAGUAAAUGACACAUGGACGUAGUGUUAUUUAUGGGUUUUGAGUUGUAUCAGCAGUCACUGAUGGAUGGAAACAUCAUGCUGUUGGAAAUAAGAGAUUUCAGCUUCAACAAUGAGCUGCAAUUUUCGUAGUCUAUGAAGAAGAAUCGAGCUUUCAGCCCUUCUGCUUUGGGUUCGGUAGCGGACAUGACACAACAGUGGAUCUUGUUGGUUUGGGUGUUUUAAUCAAAUUGUUGCAAAGCUAUUCAGAAGAAUGCAUGUUCUUACUGUUGCUGUGCAACAUGAAACACCAUUUCAGGCAUUUUUGUGGGUACCAUUCAUUAAUGUAGUUGGCAGUGUCAUCGAGAGCAAGACUUCAAUUAUUUUACUUCAUUAAUUGAACCUUAAAGCUCUACAGGAUAAAAAAAGGAUUUGCUUGAAGGCAUUGAUGUGCAUGAUCAAACCUCAUGGAUCACGAUAUUGGACUAUAAAAGAGGUGGAUGUGCAAAGACAUGGAUGCUGACCCCAAGCCAUUUGUCCAUUUUUAUAAGUUGCUUUUAUAAAACAUUGAAUUCCUGUUGUAAAGAUUUGUAAUUUAUGCCAUUGAUUCUCUUGAAGAUUUGUAACUGGUUUGUAAUAUUCGUUGUCUUGUUUUUAAGCAGGUUUUGUUUAACCAGUAGUAUUACUUUAAAGUCAUACCAACCCGAAACUUUCUUUCUACACAGAUGUUAUUAACAAACAUUAACCUUAUAUUUUGUUCAUCCAGGCACGUGGAGAAUCCAAUAAAGUAAUACAUAAUAUGA